AUGAAUCCUCUCUCGGAACAGACCCCAGCGACGGCGACUCAGCGGUCGCCGGAAGAUCAAGACUUACUGGAAAGAAGCACGAAGAAACCAAAACACGCUCGCGGUGCUCCCAUGGCAUCUCCCCACCGCCCCACGGAAGUUGAUAUGCAAGAUUCACCAGUAGCAUCGGGUGGGGCUACACCGGACUCAAGCCAGUGGACGACCCCGGCGGCGACUCCCAACCAGGCAUGGGCGCAAAGCAAGAAUGCUCAGAUGAUGGACCGCGACGAGGUCGCCGAUGGAGAAAGAAUGGAAACGCUAAGAAACUCCUCUGGCUACCCAAUUUUCUUGGUCACAGAGGAAGAAAAAGAGAGACUACGAAGACCAUGGCGAAGAUCCCUCAUUAUUCGGGUACUGGGCAGAACUGUAGGCUACAACUACCUCCUUCAGAGAUUGCAGCGAAUGUGGAAACCAGAGGCGGUAUUCGACCUGAUCGAAAUGAACAACGGGUUUUUCCUGGCCAAAUUCGAAUCCCUCCACGACUACGGGUAUGCUAAAUACGAGGGGCCCUGGAUGAUCCUCGAUCACUAUCUAGUCGUGCAGGAGUGGGAACCCAACUUUGACACAAGAUGUGAUCAGACGAGGAAGAUUCUCGUCUGGAUACGGUUUCCGGACAUGCCUGUAGAAUAUUUCGAGGAGGAAUUCCUCAUGAAGAUCGGCAGAGACAUAGGCCGCCCUAUCAAGAUCGACACCACAACCAGUUUGGUAUCGAAAGCUAAGUUCGCAAGAAUGUGCAUCGAGAUGGAUAUUACCAAGCCUCUCCUUUCCAAGUACGUUCUAGACGAGAAAGAAUGGUUGAUCGAGUACGAAGGCUUCCACCUUGUGUGCUUCAAAUGUGGAACGUAUGGCCACCGACAUGAGCAGUGUGAAACGGAGAAACCACGGCCAGAAGGUGACACAACAGACCAAGACAAUAAUGAAUCAACCAGGAGGGCAAGAACGGUGAUCAAUCAAACGCCGCCGGAGAAAUAUGGAUAUUGGAUGUUAGUUACAAAGCAAAAGCGUGGGAACCGCCCUAGGACUCAGAACCAGAAUGCGGAUGUGGCAGCAAAAUAUUCCACAAGGUUCAACAAUCUGAUGUUCGAUGGCACUGGCUCCCAAUCAAGGUUCGCUCCCCUCCAGGACUUUGGCGAACCAGAACUGAACCAAGAUAAAGCUGCCCCUUCCUUGGCAUCAAUGGCCCAGACAACAUAA